AUGAUGCAAGAGCUUUUCAAGCAAAUCGGCGUCACUCACAUUUAUUCGAUCCCAUACCAUCCACAAACCAAUGGCCAAAUUGAGCGUUUUAAUUCAACAAUGGAUGCCAAAAUUGCCACCCUUUGCAACGACAGUAAAACCGACUGGGAUGAUCAAUUACCAGUCGUAAUCUUCAGCUAUAAUACGUCGAUACAUGCCAUCACAAAACAAGUUCCGUUUGAAAUGAUGUUUGGCCGAUCGCCGGUUCUACCAUUCGAUCAUCAGGAUCCAAACGUCGUGCUCUCACAAGAUCCGGAGUACUUAUCAAAACUAAACUUAUUUUUAUCGUCUUCAACAGCUCAAGCAAGACAAAAUAUAAUCAAAAAUCAACAGCAGUAUAAAAAGCGUUAUGAUAUUAAUCGUUCAAAUCCAAAAUAUGCGAUCAACGAUCUCGUCCUCGUUAAAACAUUAAACCCACGUCACAAAUUUGAUAUUCGUUAUGAAGGUCCCUUUAGAAUCAUCCAACAGUUAGCUUCAAAAACCUUCAUCGUCGAACAUGUCAAGAAGCUACCAUUGCGUCGACAAGUGACGGUCGACGUUCUAAUUCCGUUAUUUGAAAGAAGAAAUUAA